CUCAGGCUCAGCCGACGAACGAAAGUCUUGAAUGCAAAUGGAAACAGUACAAUCACCACCUCCAACCUCUCCGCUGCCUCCAUCAGCGGCGAGGCUGUGGAGGGUAGCCGCGCAGCGCAACCUUCGGAACCAGUGGUCACAGCUGGCCACUCUCCGGAAGGAUUGGUCCUCCCUCUCCUCCCGCGCUCUCUCCCACGCCAAUGAAGCCCUUAACUACCAUCUCCAUCAACAGUACAUGCCUCACAAGGCGUUAGGUGUUUUGACUGAUAUGCCCCUUAUCAGAAGUCGUGCUUCUAUCAAACUCCAUAACCGUCAGGUUCUUGCGACGCGCGAAUUAUUGGAAUCGUAUAAGGCCAUGGUGGAUAUUUUGAGGAAAAUGUUCGAGGCUAGCAGAUUGUUCAGAUGUUUUCUCAAAGGAUCAAUCAAUAGUCCGCUAUUGCAAUUUUCGGAACGUUCUGAACAGAAGGGUGACAGCAGUGACACUGGAGAUGGUGGUGGAAUUCCAGUAUAUACAUUUUUGUCAAUCUCUUCUCAUGAGAAGUAUACCGAGGAACUGGUUCAGAUGUUUAGCUUGGAACUGUGUAUGAAGCGGUUCCUUGUUCUCGAAUUUGUGUCACUUGGUUACGACACCUCACAAGUAAAGCAGUUGAGUUGGUCAACUGAGCUCUAUGCUGGUGAAUUCAAACAUUUGAGUGACUGCAAUCUUUACUGUGAGGAGACACAUGGUCCAGUUCUACCAAGGUCACGAGAUGGGAAAUCUGACAUGUUUGCUUUAACAUUUGACAACCAACUCUCCAGUGAUGUCUUAGAGGUUUAUUUAACUACAUGGCGUGCAGAGCUGAACAUUGACAUUUUCAGGGUGAACGAGAUAUUUGAGAUUGUUGGGGAGGAAAUACAUAUCAAAUUAUGUUAGGCUGUGUUCUGGAAAAGACUAACUAUAAAAAGCUCCCAUGGAUGGUAAGUGAAGUCUCAGCACUAUAUGAUGCAUAUUUAUUUUUUGCUCACGCUUAUUGAUUGGACCUUUGGGCAUUCAAAUCGUGGAAUCAGCCAUUAAUGCAUUUAUCAGGUAGGCUGUCUACGCUGCACCCUCUGGGUGCUGCCCUUCCCCGGAUCUUGUUUAAUGCUGGAUGCUUGUGCACCAAACUGUCUAUUUUUUCUCUUUUUCUUUUUAGCAGCCACCAUUCCUAUAUGAUUGUAUUAUGGUGAUAUUAUCUCCAUUACCGUUUUAAUUUUAUGACUGUAUUAUAGGAUAAGAUAGGAAAAUAUUGUACAUAUCUUGGCGUCCAUACAAAAUGAAAAGUUAAAAUUUCAUAACAUGCUUUCUGGUCAAAGAGGAGGAAUUUAUAUAGGACUUGGAGUGGUUU